AUGGCUGUGGCUGAGCCGCCAUGGCCCAGGUGCGCCUCAUACCACAGCCCCAACACCAACAACUGCCAGGACCUGGGCAACUCUAUCCUGUUGCUGCUGGGCCUCAUCAUCUGCAUGAACAUUUGCAUCAACAUGGUGACGCUGCUCUGGCGCAGACUCCGUUGCUUCUUACACCAACUGUUCUGCAGUAUUAUUUCUGCAAGAGAAGCUUCUAAGUCAUCCUCACCUAGAAAGAAGACCCAGCAGUGCUCCCCUGCAGUCCAUCUUCGAUGCACCAUGGACCCCGUGAAAAUGACCGUGACCCCCCGGCCCGCUCGCCGCCAGCGCCGUCGCGGCAGGUCAGCACGCCGUGCCCACCACCCAGCCUGGGACACCGAUGAGGAGGAGAGGCUCCCUCACCAGCACGCGGCGAUCUGCUCCCACAACUGGCAUCACCCCUCGGACUGGGACGACUGCCAGUCCACCCAGGGGUACUGGGACCCCUGUGCCCAGAACACUGCAGGGAUGCAUACCCCGGGCAUCCGCUUCCAGCAGGACGUAGAGGGAUCACCCCUCAAGAGAGAGAUGCGGUCAGAGAUGAGCCUCGAGGCCUACGUGUACCCCGUGAACCCCCCGCCCCCCAGCCCACAGCGCCACAGGAACAAAGGAGGGAGGGCGGGCCACGAGGAGGGGGAGGAGCAGUGCUCCACCGACCCCUCAGCCCCACCUCCCAUCAGGGGGCCAGCGAAUGUCCCAGAUAUCCCCAGCAAGCACCACUCACGCCACCUAGUGUACGACGCCCUAGACGUGAGGCGGCGGCUGCGGGAGCUGACCCGGGAGGUGGAGGCUCUGGCCCACUGUUACCCCGCUGCUGAAGGGGGGAACAAGGACUGGUCAUACCGUCCCCUGAUAGACUGGCGACUGGAAGGAGAAUAA